CAAACCUAUACGACUGUCGCCGAGUAGUCGGUGGUACAGUUACGAACGUUUUUGAAUACCCGAGCGUGGCUGCUGUUCUGAAACAUUAUCACUCAAGGACAUGUCACUACUACAGUCAAGUUUGUGCUGGCACAAUAAUCAAUGAAAGGCACGUCCUCAGUGCUGCUCACUGCUUCGUUUGUCAGGAAACAGACAGAAAGCUUUCUCCUCAAAUAUUUCGCAUCCGUGUCGGAUCGUCUACAGCACAUUUCAGCGGCUUUACUCAUGAUAUCAACACAAUAAUUAUCCACCCCGACUGGAAUGCAGAUACAUAUGACAGUGACAUCGCAAUCAUGUUUACAGCUAGUAACAUUGCAUAUAGCACAUCCGUUCAACCGGCAGUUCUUCCUCAUACCAAUUACCAACUCCAAGAUAACGAGCCCGUUUGGGCGAUAGGAUGGGGUUAUACUGCUGAAGGAGGUGCACCCUCCGAAAAACUUCGUCACGUUAAAAUCUGGACUAUAAAUCACACUACUUUGAUCAAACAAGCGGCAAGUGAUCAGAGGGAAAGGGAUCUCGAUUAG